AUGGCGGCGAAAUCCGAUGGCGGUGGCGUGGGGGUGGGCUUCGCCCAGCUGCACAACCUGGACGAGGCGGUGGGCAGCGGCGGCGAGGAGGACGGGGAGCCCGGGGGAGGCGGCUGCGGCGGCGGCGGCGACGGCAGCGAGCCCGGCGAGAGCAGCUCGCUGCACAUUUGCCACUGCUGCAACACCUCCUCGUGCUACUGGGGCUGCCGCUCCGCCUGCCUGCGCUCCCUCCUGGGCAAGAAGCCGCGCCGCAGCGCCGCCGCCGCCGACGGGGGGGACCAGCCGCUGCAGCCGCCCGCGGCCGCCGGCCGCCACCCCCCGACGCCCUCGGCCGCGCGGCCGCAACCGCCGCCGCCGCAGGUGGAGCGGCCGUGGCUCGACUGCCUGUGGAUCGUGCUGGCGCUGCUGGUCUUCUUCGGGGACGUGGGCACCGACCUGUGGCUGGCCCUCGACUACUACCGCAAGGGGGACUACGGCUACUUCGGGCUGACCCUCUUCUUCGUGCUGGUGCCGUCGCUGCUGGUGCAGAGCCUGAGCUUCCGCUGGUUCGUGCAGGACUACACGGGCGGCGGGCUGGGCGCCGUGGAGGGGCUCAGCAGCCGGGGCCCCCCCAUGAUGGGGGCCGGCUACGGCCACGGCGCGGCCCGCGGCGGCCCGGGCGCGGGGGGCUCGGCCACGCCGGGGGCGCAGCGCCUGUGCCGCCUCUCCGUGUGGAUCUGGCAGUCGGUCAUCCACCUGCUGCAGAUGGGGCAGGUGUGGAGGUAUAUCCGCACCAUGUACCUGGGGAUUCAGAGCCGGCGGCGGAAGGAACACCAGCGACGCUUCUACUGGGCUAUGAUGUACGAAUAUGCAGACGUCAACAUGCUGCGCCUCCUCGAGACCUUCCUGGAGAGCGCCCCCCAACUGGUGCUACAGCUCUGCAUUAUGAUCCAGAAGAACAGCGCCGAGACGCUGCCCUGUGUCUCCUCUGUGACUUCCCUGAUGUCCCUGGCUUGGGUGCUAGCCUCCUAUCACAAGCUGCUGCGGGACUCCAGGGACGACAAGAAGAGCAUGAGCUACAGAGGGGCCCUCAUCCACCUCUUCUGGCGCCUCUUCACCAUCUCAUCCCGAGUUAUCUCUUUUGCCCUCUUUGCUUCCAUCUUCCAGCUCUACUUCGGGAUCUUCGUGGUGGUGCACUGGUGUGCCAUGGCUUUCUGGAUUAUCCAUGGCGGAACAGACUUCUGCAUGUCCAAGUGGGAGGAGAUCCUCUUCAACAUGGUGGUAGGGAUUGUGUACAUUUUCUGCUGGUUUAACGUCAAGGAAGGGCGGACUCGAUAUCGAAUGUUUGCGUAUUAUACGAUAGUCUUGACCGAGAAUGCUGCCUUGACGUUCCUUUGGUAUUUUUACAGAAACCCGGAGACCACUGACUCCUAUGCGGUGCCAGCACUGUGUUGUGUCUUCAUUAGCUUUGUGGCUGGGAUUGCACUGAUGCUCUUAUAUUAUGGUGUGCUGCAUCCCAUGGGGCCGCGAGCUAAGAUCUUUGCCAGCUCCUGUUGUGCCGAGCUGCUCUGGGGCAUCCCUUUGCCCCCCGAUGUUGAGCCCAUGGCACCUCAGACCCCUGGGUACCGGGGGACCCAGGUCACGCCCACCAGAGCCGUCACGGAACAACAGGAGGAUCUCACGGCUGACACUUGCUUGCCCGUUUUCCAAGUGAGACCCAUGGGGCCCUUGACCCCGUCGGGGCGUCCUUAUCCAGAAGGGCCCCUCAUUAAGAUAGACAUGCCAAGAAAGAGAUACCCAGCUUGGGAUGCUCACUUUGUAGACAGGAGGCUGAGAAGGACUAUUAACAUCCUGCAGUAUGUCACUCCCACCGCAGUAGGCAUUCGAUAUCGAGACGGACCGCUCCUCUAUGAGUUGCUACAGUAUGAGUCUUCACUCUAA